UUACUUAGCUCAGGUCAGUUGACAUGGACGACAAAAGGGCCUUGGUGAGUUGAAAACACAUUUGGCACUCACUGUCAUACAGUACCAAAAUAGUUUGUUAGAAUGAUUUUGAAUACAAUGUCGAUUGUUGUUUCAGUGUGAACCACCGCCCCUUCCUGCUGAAGGUGUGUAAGUGUUAUUGUGUCAAUGUGAUCAUCAGAAACUAACAUAACUUGACAAUGCCUGGUGUAAUACUGCAUGGUCAUUGUUCACUGACUUUCUUGAGUUGUCUUCUAGUAGCAGUAGGUGAAUCUCAUGAGUCUCUCCGAGAUGUGGAAAGAAUUAGGUCAGAGGUUGAAACACAAGCCAAGACUAUUGAGUUCCUGUGCAAAACUCUGUUCAUGCAUGAGGCAGAGAGAACCCAGAAUCUCAAUACCAUGGCAGUCCUUCAAUCACCUUGAGGAGCGUUUUGAGGGCCUACGCUGUGAGGUCUCCACUGAGCUCCACUACCUGCGCAGUCUCCUGUCCCACUCUCCCUGCUCCUGUCCUACUCUCCAAGCCUCCUGCUCCAGCACUCACCCCUCAGACAUCCAGAGGCAGGCUGCCAUCAACCACAUCUCUCAGGAACUCUACCACAGUCGAAGAGUCCUGUGGGAGCAGAUUGCUGAUCUAAGGGAGGAAGUCCACAACAUUCAUGGCCUGCUUAAAAAACUAAGAGAUGAAACUAUGCGCAGAUUGACAGAGAAAUACUGCAAAGAUAUGUGCUUGGGGAGGAUGAUUGACAGCUAUCAGAUGAAGGACGACACUCUCAAACUGCAGAGGCCUCAGGACAUGCUCAGGUCAAAUGCAAGGUCAGAUGUUUCUGAGUUACAGAAUAAGCUUCAGACUAUAACAAUAUCGAAAGGCAAGGCUCCCAAUAAAACGGGCCGAACUGAACGAAUAGGACAGAGGGUUAUGCAAGGCCAAUUCAGAUUCAGAUGAAGGGCAAAGUGGAACAUGUGCGAAAGGAAUGACACCAAAGAUCAAAGAGGAAAUCAAUGUGUCUGCCAGAUUAUACAUCGAGAAUGGGACGCCGAAAGUCAAAGAGGAAGCCACCUCCCAAAAAGAAACUGACGGGUAACUUGGACACCCAAUUCACCUGUCCCUUUUGUAACCACGAGAAGUCCUGUGAUGUCAAAAUGGAACGCACUCGAAACACAGGAAUAAUAUCGUGCACCGUCUGCUUGGAAGAAUUCCAGACUCCCAUUACAU